AUGACACUUCAUCUUCAUCUCAUGUUAUGGAUUGUGAAUUCACUCACACCACAAGAAAUCAGAGACCGUAUCAUGGAUCCCAACUCUGACUUUCAACAAAAAAUGGUUGAAUAUCUUGAGGGUACACACCAAGCCGAGUUUGUGAGCUCAACUAUGGCCAAUGUUGAGGAGGAUAUCAAAACUUCACAAGAAUCCAAGGACUAUCAGGAUCCUACAUUGACUCUGCCACUACCACCACCAUCUGUCAAGCAUGAGGCAGAUUGUGCUGGCUGUACCACAUGCUCUUCAGACAGCAAUUGGUGGGCUCAAUUCAGACAGGCAGUGAAUGAUAUCCUGUACAAAUCCAACAGACAUCAGUGCUCUGCAGGUGCAGGUUGGUCCAGAAAACAGGUAAAUUGCUCAAGGCCAUGUACCAUACUUGACCCUAACAGUGGAGCAUUGCCCAUGAAACAGGGAGAAGCCCGGCUAAAUAGCUUCACCCCAGCACUGACAUAUAUCUUGCAAUGCAAUAGUGAUGUGACCAGUCUGCUCUCAGGGACUGCCAUCAAAGCUAUCACAGCCUAUGUCACAGACUACAUCACCAAAACACCACUGAAGACCCAGAACUCCUCACGGAGGAUGGCACAGACAGGAGAAUCCGAGCCCAUAAGCUUAUUACAGAAACUGGAGCGCCUAUGGCCUCCACAUAUUCAAACCGUUUUACUGGCGCAGCUACAACUAUGA